ACAAGGUGACCGCGAAAUGGCGUUAGGGACGCUGUUUUUUAAAGCCGCAAUUAAUAUAAAAUCAUAAGGAAUCUAAACAAUUGUGUCGUUUAUAAAUCUGUACAAGUUGUUGGUCCUACAAACAAAUCUUUAUAUAAUUUUUGUUACAUACAUAUACAUACAUUUAUUGUUUUAUUGUUUUUAUAUUGAUUGAUGUGGUAGUCCCUUUAAAAAUGUCUCCUGUCACGUUUGUUCACUAAGGUUAUUUUGUAAAGUGUAUGUGGGAGAACACAUACUUUAUUUAUUAAAUGAAAAGGACAUUACAUGCUAUGAAUUUAUAAUAGAUAGCGACACGAUGAACACUGCACACAUAAAUUUGUUACCUUUGCUUGAAUCUUUUUUUAACCAAGGAAAUUGGAGCGAAUUGUCAAAUGUUCUUAACCCUAAAUUAUUUACAGCGGUUGAUUCAGAGGAAUUAAUUGCAUUACCAGUCCUAGCUAAGGUAGCUCAAAUUCUUACAAUGGAAGAUUCUGUUGUUCCUAAUAAUAUAAAAAUUACUUGCUUAAAAUGUUUAGGAAAUUCUUGUUUCAACAGCUACAUACAUAAAGAAUAUACAUCAAAUUAUGUUGAGAGAGGAAAAUACUGUAACAAGUUAUAUAUGUCCCUAGCAACAAAUUAUGACAAUUUAAAAGAAAUCUUUAAUUUAUAUUCUUAUGAUUGUCAUUUUCCUUAUGAAGGUGUUAUUGAAUGGACAUUAAAUUAUAUUAAAACUAGCAAAAGUAAUGAACUGUUGGAUGAUCAGUUGGAAAUCUUAAGACUAAGUAUUCAAUUUCUAUGCAAUUUAUUUACAUUUGCAUAUAAAGGUAGCACUUUCCCAGACCAAUGUGAUAUACCACAGUAUCUAUAUGAUACUAAUUUGAAGAGUAUAAUAAUAAACCUAAUAGGGUAUGAUCACAUUCCGCUUGUAAGAGCUUCAUGCAUGUUUAUACACAAUGCUCUCAAAAAAUUCGAAGGAAAGAAUUUUACAGAACAGGAAAAAGCUCAAUUAUGUUCCCGAUUGUUAAAACCAAUUAAAGAAGGGUUAGAAAGUGCAAAAGAGACUUUGCUGGUUUUGCUAUGUCAAAUAAACAUAUUACAAAAUACAUACGAUGAUAUGGUCAUUCAAGAUAAACUAUAUUUAUUAGAAGUAAUUUAUAAUGAACUCUUAAAGUCAGUAUAUGAAUCUAAAGAGAAGUCUUUAUUUACCAAGGAGACCAUUGAUUUUCUGAUCGAAAGAUUUUGCAAAAUAAGUGACUUAAUUUUGAAAACAGCUGAUGCUGACACAGACAAAAUGGAACCUACAGAAGCAGUGAUUCUGCUUGAUAUUCUUGGUGUCUUGACUUGUGAAUCUUCACAGGAAUAUAGCUUUUUAAAAAGCUACAGAAACUUACUUAUCAAUUGUACUUAUCUACUAAAAUCUAUGCAAACAAUUGGAAAACAAUCUAACAAUUACUUUACACCGUUACAAAGAUUGAGCGAUAUAGCACCAGCUGUUCAUGAAAUGAAAAUUAAUGAAUCAAAAGCGAAUGGAGCGGAACAUGAAGCUAAAAUUAACGCAACAACGACUGACAAUAUCCGUAAUCAUCCUGCUUAUGGUUUUAAAGCUGGUUUAAUAAGGAUCAUCGGGAACAUGGCAUACAAGAACAAACAAUAUCAAGACAUGCUUCGCGAAAUGAACGGCGUGCCUCUGCUUCUGGACUCCUGCAAUAUAGACGCAAAGAAUCCACUUAUAAUGCAAUGGACGAUACUCGCAUUGCGGAAUUUAUGCGAGGACAAUCCUGAAAAUCAAGAGAUCAUCCAGAAUUGUACGAGAGUUGGAAUUGUCGAGAACAGUGUGCUGUUGGAAGUGGGUCUAACUUUACACGAAGACGAUGAAGGAAAGAAAAUUGGUAUCGUACCCUUGCCUCGUGAUCAAAAGUAAUCGAGGAAGAAAUGACUGAUAUUUGUUUGAUGAUUUAUUUUUUAUUAGUUUAAUAUUUAACCCGGAGAUGGUGUGGUGGAGUGUUACCCUAACCAUUUUUUUUAUUUUUUUAUUCAUUCGGAUUUCAUAAUAAUGAUAUUUUAAAUUCCUUGUGCCCCUUUUUCUUUUUUAUAAUGCGUAAAUAAUUAGUGUGAUCUUGAUUAUUUAGGUUGCUAUUGAAUAAAAGUAUUAAUGAACAAAAAUGUAUUAAAAACAUAUACAAUUUCACAUAUUUCGUCCCUCCAAAGCAAGCUUUCUCUACACCAUCGCCGGGUUAAUUUUAUAAAAUUUUUAUCCUUUUUAGUCUGAACAUAUAAAUGAUUAUGUUAAAUUUAAGAAAUAAAUUCAGUUGUUUAUUUUCUUGCGACAUUUCAUCCAUAUAUGCAGAUCCUUUUUAAACUUUUUAUUAUAUUAAUUAUUGACUUACAUUGUUAUGUUGGAUAAAGGUGUUACGUUUACAUAUAUGUUUGUUUAAAGUGAUGUAAUAAUUGAUACAUAAUAUACUUUGAUUCUAUUGUUUAAAAUCAAAUUAUGUUAUACAAUUAAAGUCCACGAUCAUUGAAUGUAAUGCACAUAAAUAUGAAGAAUAUAAUUUAAUUUUCAUCACCAUGA